CGAUUUGUUUUGAUUUUGCAAAUCAAUUUAUUUCAUUGCAUCAUUUCGGAGAACUAUAACUUGUGAAUUUUUCUGAUAAAUUAUUAGAAUAAUAUCAUCUAGAAAUGGGCAAACACGAACCAUUGACGGCCAAAGCCAUUGGCAAGCGAAUUAAAUCAAAAGGAUUACAGAAAUUAAAAUUCUAUUGUCAAAUGUGUCAGAAGCAAUGCCGUGAUGCGAAUGGAUUCAAAUGUCAUUUAACAUCCGAAGCUCAUCAACGACAAUUGCUUUUGUUUUCAGAAAAUCCGAAUCGUUAUAUGGAUGAAUUUUCAUCCGAUUUUCUUAAAGAUUUUCUGCAUCUAUUGAAACGUCGUUAUUCAACAAAGCGAGUUCUUGCCAAUCAGGUAUACCAAGAAUACAUUAAAGAUCGUGACCAUUUGCAUAUGAAUUCCACUCGAUGGUGUACUUUAACCGGCUUGGUUAAAUGGAUGGGACGAAAAGGAAUCUGUCAUGUUGAAAACAACGAAAAAGGUUGGUUCAUAACCUACAUUGAUCGUGAUCCGGAAACUUUGCUUCGAAAUGAGAAUAAAGCGAAAAAAGAGAAAAUGUUCCGCGAUGAUGAUGAACGUCAAGCACAGACAAUAAACGAACAGAUCGAACGUGGAAAACGCUCGGAAAUGGAAUAUCGAUUGCGUAAUAGCCAAAAUAUCGAUGAGACCGACGAAGAAUCAUCCCAUUCAUCGAAACAAAUAUUCGUAAAAGAAGACCCAGAACAAAAAAUAACAUUCUCUUUGGCCGUCAAAAAACCUGUCAAUUGUCAACCAUUAGCAGCAAUCUCCCAUGACGCUAAACCAUCAAGUACGAUUUCCAGUAAAACAAAAAAUAAAGAUGAUUCUGAAAAUAAAAACUUGAUUGAAUUGAAAUCAAAAUCAAAAAAAUCUGCGCUUGAUGAGAUAAUCGAAGAACAAGAAAGAUGGAAAGCUCGUCAAGCUUCGAAAUAUCGUUCGAUCAGCAACCGUAUUAACGGGUCAUGCAUCAAAUCGGAAACCUGGAUGCAACCUGGUAUCAUCGUACGAGUUAUGACUAAACAACUAGGACCUGAAUAUCAUGAAAAGAAAGCUCGAAUCGAAUCGAUAGAAUCCUCAGGUUAUGCCGCCAUUAUCAAAUUACUAUCGAACGGAGAUUUAAUUCGUGUGGAUGAACGCCAUCUAGAAACAGUGGUACCAAGUAAAUCUGGUUCCAAAGUUAUGAUACUUAAUGGUCUGUAUCGAGGACAAACGGCCACGAUCGUUCGAGUUGAUGAACAAAACGAAAAAGUUUUAGUAAAUGUAGAACGUCGAUCAUCUGGUUCAUCCGAACCAAUUCCAUUUAAUUUUGAUCAGAUUUCUAAGUUUGAUUCAAAUUGAAUUAUGAGUUUUGUUUGUAAAUAAAUGCCACAUAUCUUUUUUAAA